AUGCCUUCCGCAGAUAUCAGCGCCAACUCAGAACCUUUUCCUAUGAAAGCAGAAGAGGAACCGGAGACUGAGGAAGAAGAACCGCAAUCUGUUCGCAUUAAAGAAGAAGCGCAAGAAGACGACAUAAGCCAGUUUCCGUUGACCGGCGUCACAGUGAAGAAUGAAGGAGGAGACCGUCCCGGAGGAUCGCGAGGCGACGGCUUCUCCGCCGCACCGUCCGACGGCGACAACGCGACAUCGCACUCUUCCGACUAUGACGACGACGAUAAACACGGACGCUCCAAAAGUAACGAGACGUGUCACCAGCGUAGCCGACACGAAAAAUGUUCUCAGCGGUACAAAACGUUUUUCGACAAGCCGUCGUCGAACAGACACGCCGGCGAGAAAACAUUUCCCUGCUCGAUUUGCGGUAGACAAUUCAGUCAGAAUGCAAAUUUGGAACGUCACAUCAGAACGCACACCGGGGAAAAACCAUUUGCCUGCUCAUUUUGUAAUCGACGUUUUUCAGUCAAGAUAGGUUUAGAUAGACACACGAGAAUACACACGGGAGAAAAGCCUUUCGUCUGCUCGGUUUGCGGCAAACGAUUCUCUCGAGAGUCGACUAUUAAGACGCAUUCGCGAUCCCACACGGGCGAGAAACCUUACGCCUGUUCGGUUUGUGGCAAACAGUUCGCUCAAAAGUCCAAUUUUAACACGCAUUCCAGAUCGCACACGGACGAGAAACCUUUUGUCUGCUCCACUUGUGGCAAAACAUUCACUCAGAGAGGAAGCUUAAAUAUUCAUCUAAGGACUCACACCGGAGAAAAACCUUUUCCCUGCUCAGUGUGUGGGAAAAGAUUCACCCGUCGAGUUCUUUUAAAAAGGCACACGAGGAAACACACUGGGGAAAAACCUUUCUCUUGCUUGAUCUGCGGGGACAGAUUCUCUUUGAAGUCCAAUUUAACAAUACACACGAGGAAACACACGGGAGAACAACCUUUUGCCUGCUCAACUUGCGGUAAAACCUUCACUCAGAGUGGUAGCUUAAAAAUUCACAUAAGAACGCACACCGGAGAAAAACCUUUUGCGUGCUCGGUCUGCGGUAAACGAUUCACCCGUAAAGUCAUUUUAAAAAGGCACACGAGGAUACACACUGGGGAGAAGCCUUUUCCCUAA